UUCAUGAUGUCUCUUCAACACAACAUCCUGCUUGUUCUUUGUAUUUUACCCUUUGCUAAUGUGCUCUACAAGCAAUGGAUUCCAGACACCAAUUUUGAAAAUGCAACCAUCUGGGGUAAAGGCUCUAUACCACGUGGCAGUGACCAAGUGGCAUUUUUAGCUCAAUGGAUAUUUUCAGUGUAUGUAGAAAGAGCUCACACUGUCACUUGAUUGAGCUUGCCAAUGGACGGAGAACUGAUUCUGGUGUCCGGAGCUGGAUUUUCUGUUUGAGAGGGUGGAGAACCUGGUUGUGGAUCUGGUGUUACAGCAGAGUUUAAAGACUGGGAAACUCUCAAAUGGUUUGACCCAUUGCUAUGGGUGGCUGCCUCCACUUUAGAUGACCUGCACCGAGGUACACAUCAGUUUUCGGUCCAUGGAUGCCAGUUUGACAACGUUGUAUUUCAGGAGGCCACCUCAUUCUGUGUGGACAUAUCUUAUUUGAAGAGUGUGUCUGUACCAGGAAAGAAUUUCAUCAGCAAUUCUGAGUUCUCUCAGUACUUGUCAUCCGCCUUCGGCAAGCUAAAGUUCCAUGGUUCUUCAUCGCUUAGUGCUGGCGGUCGAGGUUGCGUUGAUGCCACUAGAUUCUGUGAUAACUCCAGAAAUCAUGACAAGAUCUGCGCAAAUGUCAAAUGUGAGUCAUUGGAUUGCAUGAAACCGCUUCACCCAGUGGGACAUUGCUGCGAUGUUUGUGGCACUGUUGUAAACGUUCAGUUCUCUUAAAAUUUUACUUAAGCCAUACCGGUAACGGCUUUAGCACCUCUUCUCUGCCUGCACAAGUAUGAAUCUAUACAGCUGGCCAUGUCAAAAGUGUCCAAGGAGCAGAGGCUAUUUGGAUUGAUUCCUGUUGGGGCCACUGAAGAUAUUCAGGUCUUGCUUCUAGACCAGAAAAGGGGUCAGGAAGCUAUAAACUGGCAGAAUCUCUUGAUUUAAUCUUGAUUUUUAUCUCUUGAUCUCGAUUUAAAUGUGACAUGACUUUUUUAUGACAGGGAAAUAAAUGCUUAGGCACAGCAUGAUAAUCACUGAUGUGUUUAAAUCUGCACAUUUGAAUUCAAAGAUUUCAGAUUUGAAUUAUUAUCCUGUUGUAUAGGCACUGCAGGUGUCCUUCAUAACAUCUUGAUUUACUUCUAUUGCUCUGAUGUUUAACCCCACCACCACAGUUGACCUCGCAGAACAGCCUUGUACAAGAGCACACCUAUAAUAAAAUUAUGA